AGUCGCGGGGGCCGGGCCCGCGGGCUGCGGUGGCGCUGGUCUUGGCGCUGGCGCUGGUGGAGGCGCCAUGGAGGCCGACGCGGGGUCGGAGCACGGCAGUCCGGUCCUGACGCCGGAGUCGGCGCCGAGCUCGGAGCCGGACCCGGACCCGGAGGAGGACGCGCGGGCCCGGGCCGAGUUCGAGGCGCUGCAUGGCCCGGCGCUGCGCGCGUCGGGGGUCCCCGAGCGCUACUGGGGCCGCCUCCUGCACAAGCUGGAGCACGAGGUUUUCGACGCCGGGGAGAUGUUUGGGAUAAUGCAGGUGGAGGAAGUGGAGGAGGCUGAGAGCGAGGAGGAGGUGGCCCGGGAAGCGCGCAAGAAGCCCAACCCCGGCGGUGAGCUCUGCUACAAGGUCAUUGUCACCAACGAGAACGGGCUCCGGGCGGCCGACCCCAACAGCAUCUUCCUCAUCGACCACGCCUGGACCUGCCGCGUGGAGCACGCCCGCCAGCAGCUGCAGCAGGUGCCCGGGCUGCUGCACCGCAUGGCCAACCUGAUGGGCGUCGAGUUCCACGGAGAGCUGCCCAGCGCCGAGGCCGUGGCCCUGGUGCUGGAGGAGAUGUGGAAGUUCAACCAGACCUACCAGCUGGCCCACGGGACAGCCGAGGAGAAGGUGCCCGUGUGGUACAUCAUGGACGAGUUCGGUUCUCGCAUCCAGCACGCGGACGCGCCCAGCUUCGCCACCGCGCCCUUCUUCUACAUGCCGCAGCGGGUGGCCUACACGCUGCUGUGGCCCCUGAGGGACCUGGACACGGGUGAGGAGGUGACCCGGGACUUCGCCUACGGAGAGGCCGACCCCCUGAUCCGGAGGUGCAGGCUGCUGCCCUGGGCCCCCGCCGACCUGCUGGACCUCAGCUCCUCCACGCCCGAGCCGCCCGCCGAGCACUACCAGGCCAUCUUGGAGGAAAACAAGGAGAAGCUGCCGCUUGCCAUCAGCCCGGCCGUGUACCCCCGUGACCACGUCUUCAAGGUCUACACGGACGUCCAGCAGGUGCUCAGCCACCUCACCCACCCACGCUUCUCCUUCACCCAGAGCGAGGCGGACGCCGACAUCCUCUACAACUUCUCUCACUUCAAGGACUACAGGAGGCUAAGCCAGGAGAGGCCCACAGUGCUGCUGAACCAGUUCCCCUGCGAGAACCUGCUGACGGUCAAGGACUGCCUGGCCUCCAUCGCCCGCCGCGUGGGGGGCCCCGAGGGCCCGGCCUGGCUGCCCCGCACCUUCAACCUGCGCACGGAGCUGCCCCAGUUUGUCAGCUACUUCCAGCAGCGGGAGAGGCGGGGCGAGGACAACCACUGGAUCUGCAAGCCCUGGAACCUGGCCCGCAGCCUGGACACCCACAUCACCAAGAGCCUGCACAGCGUCAUCCGGCACCGCGAGAGCUCCCCCAAGCAGGUUGUAUCCAAAUACAUUGAGAGUCCCGUCUUGUUCCUCCGAGAAGACGUGGGCGGGGUCAAGUUCGACAUCCGCUACGUGGUGCUCCUGCGGUCCGUGAGGCCCCUGAAGCUGUUCGUCUACGACGUGUUCUGGCUGCGGUUCUCCAACCGGCCCUUUGCACUCAACGACCUGGACGACUACGAGAAGCAUUUCACUGUCAUGAACUACGACCCGGAAGUGGUGCUCAAGCAGGUGCACUACAACGAGUUCAUCCCUGAGUUUGAGAAGCAGUACCCCGAAUUUCCCUGGAAGAGCGUCCAGGCUGAAAUCUUCCAGGCCUUCAGGGAGCUGUUCCAGGCAGCAUGUGCCAAGCCACCCCCACUGGGCCUCUGCGACUACCCCUCGUCCCGGGCCGUGUAUGCCGUUGAUCUCAUGCUGAAAUGGGACAGCCGUCCGGAUGGGAGGCACGUGAUGCAGCCGCAGAUCCUCGAGGUGAACUUCAACCCGGACUGUGAGCGAGCCUGCAGGUACCACCCGGCAUUCUUCAACGACGUCUUCAGCACCCUGUACCUGGACGAGUACGACGGCUGCCCCGUCACCCGCCUCAUCUAGGCGCCUGCCGGUCCUUGAGGGUGCAUUCCGGCCUCGGCCUCGAGCUGCUCCUGCGCUGUCCCCCCGGCCCCUCAGCCGCCCUGUGAGCCCUCGUCCUGGCCUCACGCCCUCAGGGGCUCGGGCCCCCUCCCCCCAUCAGUCAGGAGCGGUGCCACUCACCGUGUCCCCGGGGCCGAGUGCCAGGCGUCUGUUCACCCUCUCUCCACCGUCGGUGCGGUGAUGAGUCUCAGCUCUGCCAAGGGCUUUCUUCCAGAGAGUUUGGUUGCUGGGGUGCUGUGCUUCCAGGGGGUGUUAGUGAAAGCGGGGUUCUAGGGGGCGUGGCGAGGUAUCCUCGGAAAUGAGGCCCCAGGAGCGCCUGCGGGAGCCCAGACGGCUGCUUCUGUGGCGCAUCUGCUCCCCACGUUCCACCCCGGGCCUGCAUGACAGGCGUCUCCAGGUCCCCUGGGAGCCUGCUGCUCAGGCCCAGGGUCAGACCUUCACCAGCAAAUCUCUCUGAGGCGCCAGGGCAGGGCGGCCACGUUGCCUUUCCAGCUGGCCCCAUGGAAGGGCCGAGUGCAGUGCCCGUGCCUCCCUGCCCGCCAGGCACUGCAGUGGUGCCUACCUCGUCUAAGGUUGGCUGGGACGCCCCGGCGAGGGGGCUCAGGGACAGGUGUGGACAGCAGAGUGCCAGGCCUGGACAGCUGAGCAGGACAAUUCCAGGGAGAACCUUAUGUUACAAUCAGAUGCCAUCAGCCACCAGUCUGGUGUCAAGAUGGUGGAUUUUUGUUACUUUUUCACUUACAGGAAGAAAAUAUAAAAUUCUCAUUUUUAAUUUUGUUUCUGAAAUUUUGAGUCUAUUUCCAGCGUAUUUUGUGUUGCCACAGUGCACCCAGGCCCAGCUAACUGGGCAGCAGGCAGGUCUAAUUUGGGGGGAGCUGCCUGCAGAGCUUUUGUGGGUGUGUGUGCGUGUGUUGGGGGUGUCUGUUUCAUCCCGAAGCCAAGGCUCUCGCAAAAACUGGACUAGACUGUGCUGCCCGUCUCUGUGUCUGUCCUCUGUUAACCAGCUCAGCCCGUGUCCUGGGGAACCGUCCCUUGCCUCCAGCGGAGGUGCACAGAGCGCGGGGCACCUCGUCCCCGGUUCUCUCCACGGGAGAGCAGCUGCGUCCCGUCCCCUGCUUGACUUGAUUUGUGCUGCAAUAAAGUAGGCCUUCUGUA